ACAUGCCAAGCUGAUGGCAUCAGCGCAGGCAGCUCUCCAUUAGGGCCUUGUUUAAUUGGCAAAUACGCUCUCAGAUCCAGCUUGGCAGCAGCAUAAGUUUAAACACUCGAGCGAAACAUAGCAUCUCGAGACUUCCUUCGCAUUCCCAGCCAGCCAGCUCGCUCCCUCUCCUCUCUCCUUUCCUUCCGAGCCGAGGAGAAGAGUAACGAAAGGGGGCUGCUUUGGGCAAGGCGAGCAGGCAGUCGCACCAGAUCUGGGCCGAGGAGGGGGAGGCAGGCUGCGGCAGCAAGGGGAGGAACCGGAGGAGGGAGGGGAAGAUGAAGUCGUCGCUGCGGAGCCGGCAGGAGCCACGGCGGGUGAGCAACGGCGUCAUCAUCGGCGCCAUGCUGCUCUCCCUCUGCGUCCUCAGCAUCGUCAAGGCCAGAUACUGCGCCACCCCCUUCGGCAAGGCUGAGGACCAGCUCCAGGAGCAGAUGAACUCCAGCAUCAGGAUGGAGACGGAGCAGUCGCCGGCCAGGACGCCGGGAGAGGAGGAGGAGGACGAGGAGGAGGUGACCACCACGGCGCCUGCGGUGACCAAGCCGGCCGCCGUGACCGCCGCUGGCCGCGGCAAGAAGGGGAAGGGGAAGGGGAAGUCGACGUGCUACAUGACGAGCAAGCGUUCGGAGCGGUGCGACGCGUCCGGUGACAUUCGUGUGGACGGGAACAAGUCCACCAUCUACGUCAGCGGGAUGGACAAGGAGUGGAAGACCAAGCCGUACGCGCGGUACCACGACCCCGUCGCCAUGGCCUACGUCCGCGAGUACACCCUCAAGCCGUUCGCCGCCGGCGGGGACACGGCGCCGGCGUGCACCAAGAACCACUCGGUGCCGGGCUUCCUCUUCUCCAACGGAGGCUUCUCCGGCAACCUGUACCACGACUACACCGACGUGCUGGUCCCGCUCUUCAUCAGCACGCACCAGUUCAAGGGCAAGGUGCAGUUCCUGCUCAGCGGGAUGAAGCCAUGGUGGGUGGGCAAGUUCAGCCCCUUCUUCCGGCAGCUCACCAAUUACGACGUCAUCGACGUCGACAACGACCAGGACGUGCACUGCUUCCCCCGGAUCGUGGUCGGCGCCACCUUCCACAAGGACAUGGGCGUGAACCCGGCCAAGUCACCGGGCCACGUCUCGGUGGUCGACUUCAAGCGCACCCUGCGGCACGCUUUCGGGUUGGAGCGCGCGGCGGCGUCUCGCGGCGGCGCGACGGGCCACGGCAAGCCCCGGCUGCUCAUCAUCUCCCGCCGCAACUCGCGCCGGUUCCUUAACGAGCGGGAGAUGGCGGAGGCCGCCACCGCCGCGGGCUUCGACGUGCGCAUCGCUGAGCCCGACCAGCACACGGACAUGGCCACCUUCGCGCGGCUGGUGAACUCGGCCGACGUGAUGAUCGGCGUGCACGGCGCCGGGCUGACCAACAUGGUGUUCCUGCCCCGCGGCGCCGUGCUGAUCCAGGUGGUGCCGUUCGGCGGCCUGGAGUGGCUGACGAGGGUGACGUUCAAGGACCCGGCCAAGGACAUGGAGGUGAACUACAUGGACUACAACGUACAGCUGGAGGAGAGCUCUCUGAUCGACCAGUACCCGAGGAAUCACCAGGUGCUCACCGACCCAUUCGCCGUGCACAAGCUGGGCUGGGACGCGCUCAAGACGGCGUACCUGGACAAGCAGAACAUCCGGAUGGAUCUGGACAAGUUCAGGAGCACCCUGCAGGAGGCGCGCAACCGGUUGCCAUGACCGUGAGCUCCAACUGCCCGGCCUGAAGGUGGGAGGUAGAUAGGUUGGUGUAUCUAUUCCAUGUGCCUUUUGCUCGCUUGACUCAAUUUCCCUCAUUUCUUCUUCUUUUAGCGAGAUUCAUUUGAUCCAUUGUUUUGUUGCAUAAAGAUGAACAAACAAGAACGUGUGUUGUUACAGAGGCCAGCCCAUUGUUUAAUUUAUACCCUUUUGUGAUUACGGGUUGCAUUAUAUAAUGCCAAUGUGUAAAGUAGUACUGUACUGCUAGCAAGGAUAAUCAAGCGUAUGUGGACAUUCA